AGUCUACUCCGCUUUCAACGCAAAUUUCUCCUCCUUUUCGAUCAGUAAUUCGGUGACACUGCGGUGCACACACAAAAAAAAAGGAAGAGGAGAAAAGGAACAAUAAUUAAUUCUUCCUCGCCGGUUUGUAAAACAAACAAACAAAAAACGCUUAAUAAAAUCACACGUACUCGCAAAAAGCUAGCAUCAUUGCCAUUCAAAAAUAAUAACCAACACAACGUGCUUAACUAAUUUUGUUUUUGCUCUCGCGUGCCGUCAUGUGAAAGGACUGCCUAGGCCCCGUUUUCAAAGAAAAAAAAACGUUUCUUUUUUUUUUUCGAGGUGUACACGUACGUGUAUAUCUAGUCUGUUUGUUCCUUUGUGCAAGACUUCUAAAAAUCCACUUCGCCUCGUAAUUCAGUAGUUUCUGGUGUAUAGGUUGAGUUUGGAAGUGUACAGUUUGUUUGGAUCCCGUUUCUUUGGUCCCUUUUUUUUCUUCUUGCCCUUUUGUGCUUACUCUGCUUCUCAUACAGAAGUCUGGUAUAAUCCGCAUAGAAGGUAAUCAGGCCUGAUCAGAUGCACCGAAACAGGAACCGUAGGCGCCGCGCACCCGAGGGGCGACCAGUGCAGAACAUCCUCAGCACCGACGGCAUCCCAACCGGCACCUUCGCCGUGAUCGAUCCCUUCAGCAAGCGGCUUUUUAUCCCCACCGAGGCGAUGUUAGACACCCGUGCGAUGCACCGCAAAGGCGUCCCUUCUCUCUGUCGCGUUUUCCUCGAAGGUCGGUGCCGGCAGGGCUCCAACUGCUUCCAGGCCCACGCCAACGUGGACGUGGUGACUGCCCUGCGUGCCGCUGCGCUGGAGGAGCCGACGUGCUGCGCGUUGCAUGGUGCCCGCAGCGACGCCUCCGGCUUAGACCUCUCGCUGGCCCUUCUCACCCAAAACGACUCCGGCGAUACAGUGCUGCGGGCGCGUCUGGAGGAGACGGUGGUGACCAACGGCCUGCGCGCCCUCAUUGCGGCGCAGGCGAACGCGGUAGGGAUGGUGGCGCCAACGGAGGUGGUGGUGCCGACCUCGUCGCUCUGUCGCCUGCACAGCGGCCUGGCCGGGGCGCCGUGCUGCCGCUUUGAGCAGGAGUGCAACUUUGUGCAUCUGUGCCGCCAGCUGGUGCGGCGCACUGAACCGCAAGGCGGCCUAGCCGCGGAGGAUCCGCCGUACGUGGUUCCCAUGAUCUCCGUCAUCGGCUCCGAUCCGGCGCCGGAUGAGGUGAUGACAAUGCUCGACACGGCCACCAACCACCUCCUGACCUCCUCUGCUCAGGGCCGCGGGCCUCCGGCGUCGUCGUUCAACGUUCCCAUGAGUGUCAGCGCAAACCUCGGGGUGACGCCGCCCAUUCGCUUCGACCCGUUAGCCUUGGCCGCCACUGCGCCGAGCCCGACGCCGGAUAGCGGUGUUCAGAUGAUGGGGCGGUCGCCCAUCAUGGCACGGUCUUUUAGUUCCACCACCUCUGGUCUGGUGUGGCGUCACAACCCGUAUAACUCGUCACAUGCUUCUUCGGUGAUUGAGACGUGA